AUGUUGGAAAAAUGGAGACAAUAUUUUGACCAACUGCUCAACUGCGAAAAUCCAGAAGAAACUUUUGAAUGGACACUAGUAGAAACCAACGAUUACGAAUGUCUACCCCCUACUAUCAAUGAAACGAGACAACAAAUAUUAAGGUUAAAAAACCAAAAAUCUCCCAGAGAAGAUAGGAUUCAGGGAGAAAUAUUAAAAAAAUUAGAUGAGGAAACAGUAUCAAAAAUACAUAGUAUUAUUGAAAUUGUUUGGCAGGAGGAAAGACUCCAGGAGCAGUGGAAUACUGCGCUAGUGUGCCCUAUUCACAAAAAUAACGACCCCCAGAUAUGCAACAAUUAUAGGGGAAUUGCAUUAUUAAACGUAACCUAUAAAAUUCUUGCAUAUUGCCUAUUAGACAGAAUAAAGCCGAUUGCGGAAGAAAUAAUAGGGGAUUACCAAGGAGGUUUCAGACCAAACAGGUCAACAACAGACCAAAUAUUUGUGAUUAGGCAGACCCUUCAAAAAAUGUGGGAGUUCAAUAAAGACGUGUAUAUAUUAUUUGUGGACUUCAAGAAAGCCUACGACUCUAUCCACAGGGCAAGCUUAAUCAAUAUUCUUGGAAGUGGUGACAGGCUUAAGACAAGGAGAUGCGCUUUCUCCUGUACUAUUUAA